UCCAUUAAGAAAUCAAACAGGAUUUAAUAAACCUGCCGUGUUUCACCUCAGCACAGACCUUGUGUCUGAUCUUUAUUUUUAAAAAAAAACAUUGCAUUAGUGAACACGAAAUACAAAAUUUUAUUAUACGGAUUUUAAACUAGAGUGUAGUUUCCUAACAAAGCCCCAUUGAUUCUGGUGGAUCUGAAUGGGGCUAUUCUCUGCAGGGCGGUGAGUGCUGAAAAAAAACAGAAAAUCCUGGCUAUCCUUGUGGAGCUAACAGCCUAAUUGAAUCAUACAUAUUGGGUUGUGGGAAUUCUUGGGAGUUAAUUAACAGAAUAUCAAACGAAAGCAGAAGAGCUUUACCUUCAGGUCCCUGCAGCUGGACACGCAGAGGAAACAACUUCACGCCUUUGAGACCAGACGCCGACGGGUUUCAGGAGGACGACAGCUGGUUUCCUCUAGAAAACAAGGAGACGACGCUAAGAGCUGAAGAAUCGAGCGGCGAGAAUAUUUUGACAGAAACAGUCAGUAAUGUUGAAGCUGGUUUGUCCUCUGCUUCUCCUUUGUUUACUGCCAGCUGUGGUUCCCCUCUUCUGUUACACCUGUGUGUUCCCGGCCAUCUCCCCUCUGGACUGCAUCCGGUUCCCUCUGAAGUGUCCCUCGGGGCAGCUCUGUCUGUCCAGCAGAGCAGUGGGCGAGAACGGAGACUUCCGUGUGGUGCUGUAUGAGAAGAGCUGCGUCCUUCCCUCGCUGUGCGGCGUCAGAGGUCAGAAAUACACCAUGGGACUCAACUUCACCUUCACCAAUGAAUGCUGCAGCACACACCUGUGCAACGGAGCCGCGACUCCUGCGACCCACAACUGGACUGGCCCACUACUCACAAUACUUCUUUCAUACUCUGUCUGGUGAAUGGGAAAAGAAACAUAUGACGGCAAUGUGAAAGAGAACUAGUUUGACACGUGUGAGGUGAAGUGGAGACUUGUCUUACCUCUGAUAGACUGACACUGCACUCAGAUUCAUUCUGUGCACUAAUCUGUGCUAAACCGAGUUUUGUUGCAUGAAUAUGGACAAAUAAUAUUUUCUUCUCAUUAUUUCUAACAACAUUUAAAAGACAUGUCUGCCUGGUUGUUUUGGGAGGGACGAGAGUAAACUGUGAUGAAAUAAACUACUUGUGUCCACUGA